AUGCAGCGGAUCUCAUUGGAGCUGGGGGACCUUCUGAAUGACCCGGCCAUAGUCAAGGUUGACGUUGACUCACUGAGAGAUAAUAGAUUUCUGAAAAGCGACUACAACCAGAAGGUAGAGAGCACGCUGGAUCUGUGGCACCUGGUCGAUCGAUGCGGAGUGUCGGGUCCCUACGAAAUGGCAAAACUGGCCGAGAAGAAGCUUGGCGUCAAACUAGACAAAUACUGGCGUAUCAGGACUUCCAACUGGGAAAAUACACAGCUCUCGGAACGCCAGAUUAGAUGCGCAGCCAGCGAUGCCCAUAUCAAUAUUUACCAGCCAAAAACCUGGCUCACAACGGCCAUCGGCGAGCUGGAAUGUUUCUUCAACCAGAGGUUCCGCGACAGAUUCGUGGGAAGUGGCAAUUCGAAGAACCAGGGUAAAACGAAUACGCUGGAUGUAUCCAUCGACACCAAACGCACUAUAGCGACCCGUGCCAAACCACUGUACGACAACUAUCUCAUGCAGGCCUAG